AUGUUCACAAGUGUUAUAUUCUCUGUGUUUGUUAAAACGUUUCUUUUCUGUCAUGGUUCUCUUCAUAUGUUUCAUCUACAUAUAUUAGAUAUGUCUUAUUUUCUCUGUCGGUGCCUGUGGCGGAUUCUCCCCGUCUCUGUGUGUGGCGGAUUCUCCCCGUCUCUGUGUGUGGCGGAUUCUUCCCGUCUCUGUGUGUGGCGGAUUCUCCCCGUCUCUGUGUGUGGCGGAUGCUCCCCGUCUCUGUGUGUGGCGGAUUCUUACCGUCUCUGUCGGUGUCUGUGGCGGAUUCUUCCCGUCGGUGUCUGGCGGAUUCUUCCCGGUGUCUGUGGCGGUCUUCUGUCGGUGUCUGUGGCGGAUUCUUCCCGUCGGUGUGUGGCGGGCUGGGAUUCUUCCCGUCGGUGUCUGUGGCGGAUUCUUCCCGUCGGUGUCUGUGGCGGAUUCUUCCCGUCGGUGUCUGUGGCGGAUUCUUCCCGUCGGUGUCUGUGGCGGAUUCUUCCUUCCCGGUGUCGGAUUCUUGUCUGUGGCGGAUUCUUCCCGUCUCUGUCGGUGUCUGUGGCGGAUUCUUCCCGUCUCUGUCGGUGUCUGUGGCGGAUUCUUCUCGUCUCUGUCAGUGUCUGUGGCGGAUUAUUCUCGUCUGUGGCGGAUUCUUCUCGUCUCUGUCGGUGUCUGUGGCGGAUUCUUCCCGUCUCUGUCGGUGUCUGUGGCGGAUUCUUCCCGUCUCUGCCGGAUUCUUCCUGUCGGUGUCUGUGGCGGAUUCUUCCCGUCUCUGUCGGUGUCUCUGCCGGAUUCAAUUCGUCCCUUUUUAUCUUUCUUGCUAUAAUCCUUUUUCUUUAUUCAUUUGAAUACAUUUCAUUUAUUGUCUUAAUUUCUUUUUACCUUUCCAUUUGUAUCAACAUAUACCGUUCAUUCUCACGAAUAUUUAUUUGCAUAGUUUUCUUCUUUUUUUUUUUCUUGCUAUGUCUACUUAUCUCAAAGUUCUUUCGAUUCUACUAUCUUUCUGCAACGCUUGGCAGGUUCGUCAAUAGAUCCUUACGCCCUCUUGGUUCCCUUUCUCUUAUUCUACCCGUCCCCCGUUUCUCUGUCUCGCACUUUCGAGGAUUCCCUCUUUCUCUCGCGCGGCCACCAGCUCUUUACCCUUCAUUCACUUUGAAGACUGGAGGCCUAUCCUUUUCUCUCCGUCUCGCUCUAGUGCCCUCUUCUCUCUCUGGAGGAUUUACCCCUUUCUAUAUUUCUCUCUUUCUCUCUCAAGGACUCUCUCCGUUCUAUCUGCCUGAUAAUCUCACUAUCUCUCUCUCUCUCUCUGGAAACCUCUUCCCUCUCUCUCUCUCUCUCUCUCUCUGGAAACCUCUUCCCUCUCUCUCUCUCUCUCUCUCUCUCUCUGGAAACCUCUUCCCUCUCUCUCUCUCUCUCUCUGGAAACCUCUUCCCUCUCUCUCUCUGGAAACCUCUUCCGUCUCUCUCUCUCUCUCUCUCUGGAAACCUCUUCCAUCUCUCUGGAAACCUCUUCCAUCUCUCUCUCUCUCUCUCUGAAACCUCUUCCAUCUCUCUCUCUCUCUCUCUGGAAACCUCUUCCAUCUCUCUCUCUCUCUCUCUCUCUCUGAAACCUCUUCCCUCCUCUCUCUCUCUCUGGAGACAUCUUCUCUCUCUCUCUCUCUGGAGACAUCUUCUCUCUCUCUCUCUCUCUCUGGAGACAUCUUCUCUCUCUCUCUCUCUCUCUCUCUCUCUCUCUCUCUCUCUCUCUCUCUCUGCAGGCUCUCUCCUUUUAUAUAUAUAUAUAUAUAUAUAUAUAUAA